AUGACUGGGGUACAUGAAAAUGCCUCACUUCUCUGUGGUAAAGACCCUGCCUACUACACAAAUACCAUAGGUAUCGUGGUGGACUGGGUGAUAUUCCUCAUAGGACUACCUGAAGUCUGCCUGGCCUUCUACGCUCUCCUGCGUCUACUCAAGAGGGACAAAGCAGCGCCGAUCUUCGUCAUAAAUCUGCUCCUGUCAGACCUCAUCCAGAUCGGGAUCACGGUUGUCUUUAUCAUUAGCAGGUUUUUUGAUGCCACCUUCCGUCCCUUUGCCAGAGCCCGCUGCAUCGCAAGAUUGUUCGUCCGCUUGGGCCUGACCUCUAGUUUGGGGUUCAUGGUGCUGAUUUCUGCAGAGAGGUAUUUAAUGGUGGCCUGUCCAGUGUGGUAUCACACAAAGAACACUGCAAUGUUAUCCUCUCUCAUUUCACUUUGCAUGUGGGCCCUCUCACUGGCCUACUCCAUUCUGGAUUACUUCUCCGCAUUCUCCUUGUUGGUGUUCUCCAUCAUCUGCCUGCUUCCUGCCCCAUUUCUUGUGGCUUUCUUUACAGCCACAUGGAAAUCCCUCAACAAGAGCAUGGCCAUGAGACAUGACACGAAGCACAAGAGGAGAGUUCUGGGAGUUCUAAGUCUGGUGUUGGGGAUGUACAUAGUUUUGUUUGUCCCCUUCAGUUUCAGGAACCUCUACUACUCUCUCAAAGGUGACAAUGCUGAAGACACAGAAGACUCAGUGAGGGAUUUGUCUGGUGUUUUAACCAGCGCCCUGGUCUACCUUAGCCCUCUGAUAGAUGCUUUAAUCUAUAUUUUUCUUCGAAGAGACAUAAGGGACAUUGUGGAAGCAUUUCCCUGCUGCAAAACACCUCUGAUGAAGCUCAAAGUGUUCCAGGAGAGGCUAACAGACAGUUCCCAGACAGGGACCGCCUUACAGUUAAGUUAA